CUGGAAUAUAUUUGUUAAUUAAUAUCUUUUUGUAGAUUACUCGUUCAAAAAAAUGCUGAAAAAAAAAAGAGUACUAUGAAAAACCAACUAAACUCGACUCAACUCUUCAAAAACCAUCAAAUGUUUACAAGACCUUUGUUGGGUGGCUUAAGAAUCAUAGGAAGACCUUCAGCUAGCAGAAGCAUCUCUCAAAUCAUGUCGAACUCCACUACCACACAACCAACCAUUAUCCAAUCAAAGAUAUCGGGUCCAAUUGAAUCAUCAAUAAUAGAAAAAUUAACCGAUAAGUUUCAUCCUUCUUAUUUGAAAAUUGCUAAUGACUCUCAUAAACAUAGUCAUCACGCUGGAAUGGUGGGUGCUUCAAAUGUGAAAGAAUCUCAUUUCAGAAUUGAAAUCAUUAGUGAUGAAUUUUCCGGUCUCAAUAUGCCUUCAAGACAUCGUUUAAUUUAUCAACUUUUAGAUGACGAAUUAAAAAAUAAGGGUGUUCAUGCUUUGCAAAUGAAGACCAAGACUUCUUCAGAGGUUAAAAACUAGACCUAGGUAAUUGUGUAUAUACGGAAU